AUGAGGACGUCGACAUUCAUUGCCGCUGCUGUGGGAUUAUUAUCAGCGUGUACGGAUGCAGUUCAAUUACAGAGACGAAGCGAUGGAUCAGCAAGAGUAGUUGCCCUAGAUAUGGUACGGAAACAGGUGGACAAUCCGUUAGCAAGAGACAAGUCAAGGAGAUUAAGACGAAGGUCAAAAACAGUUGCGGCUACAUUAGAUAAUGAGGAAACUUUAUAUUUCGUCAAUGGAACAUUAGGGACACCAGCACAAAGUUUACGGUUACAUAUCGACACAGGUAGUAGCGAUUUAUGGGUCAAUACUGCUACCUCGACCUUAUGUAGUGAGAGGAGAAGUCCAUGUCAGACUGCUGGAACAUAUUCUGCAAACUCAUCAUCAACAUACGCAUAUCUAGCGAGUGAUUUUAAUAUUUCUUACGUUGAUGGAUCUGGUGCCUCCGGGGAUUAUGUUACCGAUACAUUUACGAUUGGAUCAACGACAUUAGACAAAUUACAGUUUGGUAUUGGAUAUACCAGUUCUUCGCCUGAAGGUAUUCUAGGAAUUGGUUAUGAGAUUAAUGAGGUUCAGGUUGGAAGAGCAAGAAAAUCGGCAUAUAAAAACUUACCAGCACAAAUGGUUGCUGAUGGUUUGAUCAAUUCAAAUGCCUUCUCCCUAUGGCUUAACGAUUUGGAUUCCAGUACCGGAAGUGUCUUGUUUGGUGGUGUUGAUACCGCUCGAUAUCACGGUCAAUUGGAAACACUCCCGAUUCAAAAAGAAUCCGGAUACUAUGCCGAAUUCCUCAUUACCUUAACAGAAGUUACGUUAGGAAAUCUCGUCAUCGCCCAAGAUCAAUCCCUCGCUGUCCUUCUAGAUUCCGGAAGUUCCCUCACUUACCUCCCUGACGCCAUGGCUGAAGCUAUCUACGAACAAGUCGACGCACAAUAUGAUUACAGUGAAGGAGCCGCCUACGUCCCAUGUUCUCUCGCUUCCAAUAGCAGCGCUCUAAACUUUACCUUCACUUCCCCAACCAUCCAGGUCACCAUGGACGAACUCGUCAUCCCAGUUACUAGCAGCAACGGUCAACAAUUAAGAUUCACUGACGGCACCGCAGCCUGUCUCUUCGGUAUUGCUCCCGCAGGAGAAAGUACCGCUGUACUCGGAGAUACCUUCAUCCGCUCCGCAUACGUUGUCUACGAUCUAGCCAAUAAUGAAAUUUCCCUCGCUCAAACAAACUUCAACGCAACAGCCACCAACGUGGUUGAAAUUACCACGGGUACAUCAGCAGUUCCGAAUGCUGCCUUAGUUUCCAAUGCAGCAACAGCCAGUACGGAUAGUUCGGGUGCUGUUAUCAGUGGAUCAGUUACUUUGAAUUCGGGAUCCAAAUCGAAAAAUGCAGGGGCUUUUCAAACUCCUCCGCCCUUGGCAUAUGGGAUGGCUGCUCUAGGUGCGGGAUUAUUUUAUGCCAUGUAG